AUGUUGAGAACUCAGAUAAGUAGAAGUAUCGUUCGCCAAAAAAUAGCAUCUCCAGGCUCAUCUGGAGCCGCUGUACUUGCUAGCAGACUUGUUGCCAGAAAUGUUCAUUCGUCACAAACGAGACUCAACGAUCAACCACCUCAAUCUCCUAUGAAAGUGUUUUUUGAUACGUUCAGAGCUGAGGUUAAGAAGUCCUCUGAGCUCAAAGAAAACAUAAAGGCAUUGCAGGAUGAAACCGGGAAAGUUGCAGACUCAGAAGCCUUCAGAAAGGCUAAGGAAGCCUUCGACCAAGCCCAAAAGGGUUCAUCUGCCGCUGGAAAGGUAGUCAAGAAGACUGCUGACGUAGUAGGUGGGGUUGCUGUGAAAGCGUGGGACUCGCCUGUAGGUAAGGGUGUCAGAAACACCGUCAGCACCAGUGCUGAGCUUGCUGACAAGGCCUUUGAACCGGUCAGAAAGACUCAGGUGUACAAGGAUGUGUCUGAAGUCAUCGACGACGGUUCAUCCACCUCAUACGGUGGGUUUCUUACUAAGGAACAAAGAGAUAAGUUAAGAGAGAAGGAACUCGCCAGAAAGCUAGCAUCUGGUCAAGUCUGGAAGCCAGUCAAGGAAGAUGAAGAGGCUGGUGGAGCUUUAGUUGCCACUGAACACAAGUCCACUGGCCCCUCCAUGAACGAAAAAUGGGAGGACUUCAAAGUUAAGACUCCAGUAGGAAGAGGUAUUGCUACCUUGAGAGAAAAAUGGGACGAAUCUGAGAACGGACUCAUUGCAUUAGUCAGAACUAUAAUUGAAAAGGUUACAGGAUUCUUUGCUGAAACCGAACAGGCCAAGGUCAUCAAACAAUUCAAGAUGAUGGACCCUACUUUCAGAUUGACAGAUUUCCAGAAGACAUUAACCAACUACAUUGUACCUGAAUUGUUGGACUCGUACAUCAAGAAUGAUGAUAAGGUGUUGAAGGAAUGGCUCAGUGAAGCCCCAUUCAAUGUCUGGCAAGCCAACAACAAACAGUUUGUUGAAAAGGGAUUAUUUUCAGACGGUAAGAUCUUGGAUAUUAGAGGUGUUGAUGUUGUCACUUGUAAGUUAUUGCAGCCUAACGAUAUCCCAGUGAUGGUUGUAAGUUGCAGAGCUCAGGAAAUUAACUUGUUUAGAAAUGGUAAGACCGGAGAAAUUGCUGCUGGAACUGAAGACAGCAUUCAGUUGAGUACCUAUGCUUUGGUUUUGACAAGAAUUCCAGAGGAAUUGGACAACAAGGUUACUGAUGGUUGGAAGGUUUUGGAGUUUGCCCGUGGAGGAUCCAGACCAUUCCACUAA